UUGGGAUCCCUAGUGUAAUCGAUGCGUGUCAGAAUUUGGAUUAGGAAUUGGGUUGGUAGAGGCAAUAUAGGAAAAAAGUAUUUCAUGUAAACGAAAAUUUAGAUAGUGAAUAAGUUCCCGAGGAUCUAAUGGAUUUCUUGAAAAGUGGAUUCAAAACUGUUCUCGGCGCUACCGAACCGGGUCAACCGCCUAGCGCUGCGGAAACAGUUGAGAAAUUAGUGGACAGAGCAGCAUCAUCAACCUUAUUGGAGGAUCGUCGAGAUGCAUGCCGUGCUUUGAAGGCUCUAUCCAGAAAAUAUCGCAUUGAAGUAGGUGCCCAGGGUAUGCCAGCAUUGAUUCAAGUUCUGCAGAAUGAUUGCCAAGACUGUGAAAUAAUAUCAUAUGCUCUGGACACUUUGUGCAAUAUAGUAGCUAGCGAAGAGUUCGAAGAAGAAGCCGACAAUCCCACGGUGUCUGUAAAUGUUGGAGAGCAAUUUACUGAAAUGUUUAUAAAGAGCCCAGAUAAUGUGUCUUGUGUGAUGGGAUACUUGGAAGAGUAUGACUUUCGGGUACGCAGGGCGGCGAUACAAUUGCUCACAACUUUGAUACAAAAUAAAACGCGGGAUCUACAAGAACUGGUGUUGGUGAGUCCAAUGGGCGUAUCCAAACUCAUGGACCUUCUUUCCGAUAGUCGUGAGGUAAUACGAAACGACGCAUUGCUACUUCUGAUUCAAAUGACUAAGGGUAACUCGAACAUCCAAAAAAUUGUUGCCUUCGAAAAUGCAUUCGAUAAAAUUUUCGAUGUAAUAAGAGAUGAAGGUUGUGCCGACGGAGGUAUUGUCGUUGAAGAUUGCUUAAUAUUGUUGUUAAAUUUGCUGAAAAACAAUUCCAGCAACCAACAAUUUUUCAAAGAGGGUUCCUACAUCCAGCGCUUGGCCCCAAUGUUUGAAUUAUCCAACAAAGAGAGUGGAGAGAUGGGUUGGGCCCCACAGAAAAUGUCAAAUGUUCAUUGUAUGUUGCAAGUGAUAAGGUCGCUAGUAACACCUAGCAAUCAGCAGCAGGUUGUAUCUUCAUGCCAAAAAGCCAUGAGACAAUCUAAGCUUUUGGAAGCAUUAUGUGAGAUACUUAUGGGUAGCGGAGUUCCAGCUGACAUUCUUACUGAAACUAUAAAUGCUGUAGCUGAAGUGGCGAGAGGCGAUCCAGAUAAUCAGGAGCAAUUAAGCAAAGUUAUGGCUCCCAGUACACCACCACGACCAGUUAUUGUAGUACUUUUAAUGUCGAUGAUCAAUGAGAAACAAUUGUUGGCAUUGCGUUGCUCCGUUUUGUAUUCGUUUCAAUGCUAUUUAUUCCGCAAUCCAGCGUGUCAACAAGCUGUAGUUUCGACGUUAUUGCCAUCAUCGGCAACCGAUGUCUCAAGUCUUUCCACUGGACAACUAUUGUGUAAUGGUCUUUUCUCGACAGAUUCAAUGGCAAAUUGGUUUUCGGCUGUGGCUCUUAUGCACACUUUAGUCGAUAACACAGCACAAAAAGAGGAGCUUUUGAGGGUAUUGUUGGCAACAUCUGCCGGCGCCCAUAAACCCGUAACAUUGCUAGAACAAUGUACCAAUCUGUUGCAACAAGAAUCAUAUAAACUUCAAAGCAAAGUUGGACUUUUAAUGUUAUUGAGCAUGUGGGUAGCCCAUUGUCCCACUGCAGUAAAAACUCUCCUCCAAACUCAAGGCACUAUGGCUUAUUUGACUGCGCAAAUCAGCGGCAAUGAGCAUGAUGAAAACGAAUAUCUAGUCCAGGGAUUGUGUGCCUUUCUGAUGGGUCUCUGCAUACAAUUCAAUGAUAACUCUUUAACUGGACAGAAACGCGAUGACAUUUGUCAGUUGAUCAUCAAACGCAUAGGUCAAGAACAUUUUUGCAAUAAACUCAAUGAAGUGUCAAGGCAUGAGGCUUACAGCAGAGCCUGCAAACAACCUCAAAUUAGAGCCAAGUCCGCCAUGGAAUUACUCUUAGAUUACGAAUACUGCAAACUUUUUAAGGGACUUGAAGCUUUGGUGGUAAAAAUGGUAACCGGAUUUGACGUUAAUGGGAUUGAAUUAACGGAACUCACACUUAGUUCGGAAGCAUCGGCAUUGGUUGCCCAGUAUAAGGGUAUUAUACGAGGUUUGGAUAAUCAGAUCACAACUCUCCAAGAGACCGUAAAACAACUCGAAGCGAAGAAAUCUGCACAAGAACAAAAACUAAAUGAGGUUCAAAACCUGAAUCAUCAACUCACUGAUCAGAAUACACUGCUAAAGGCUCAGUUGUCGGCUCGAAAAAAUAACGACUCUUUAUCAACCAAUUCAUCAACUCCUCAUAAUGACAAUAAUUCCCCUCCAAAUAAUGUUACACUCGAAGCCUUAAAUGCAGCCCAAUUUCAAACAAACCUUUAUUAUACGGAAAACUUGCGCCUACAACAGGAGCUCGAUAAUUUGCGAAAACGUUUACAGGAUGCAACAGAUAUGGCGAACAUGGCCAAUGAAAACUAUCAAAAAUUGCAAAAAGACCAAGAGGACUUGCUGGAGCUACUAACGGACCAGGAAAAUAAAAUACAGCGUUAUGCGGAGCAAAUGCGGUCAGCAGGUCUGCCCGUUGAAGACGAUGUCGAUUUGGAAGAUAGCAACAGUGAUGAGAAUAUUAAUUCCAAUCAUUCCAGUUCAAAUGCGAAUUCUUUGACUGACACAAGUCCGCAACAUGUAACAAAAAAUAUAUGAACAAUGCGAAAACCAUGCCUUUAAGGAAAGUUUAUGAUAGAAAAAAUUUAGAUAUAUUUCAGGAAGCGAUAUAGUAGAGUUCCCACUUCCUACGUCGUUUAAGUAAUGCAUCCGAAACCAAGAAGAAAUAACAAAAUAGUUAAGCAAUGUUAAAUGUUCUUGUCGUAAUAAUAAAAAUAUAUGAAAAACAAUAAAAUGGAAAAAUAUUCCAAUGUAGAA